AUCUUUGAAACUUGUAUCCUGUAUUAUAUUAAUUUAUAUGGAUGGCAUUCAUUUGUAUUGUUAUUAUUGUAUCUCUCCUUUUAAUAAGUAGCUGGCUAGAGAUAGAGAAGAGAGACUCGAGACUUUUCAAGACCAAGGCUCAUUGACAUUUGCCAUCCGCAGACAAGCUGCACCAGGAGGCAGGAGGCAGAGAGGAUCUUCAUACAUGGAAAUGAAACACCAUUUUGCAGAUGAAUAUGUUGCAAAUCCGUAUAUGAACUCGUAUGGCACAACACCAGAGACAGACAGGCAGCAGCAGCACUCUCUAUCUGAACCUAUCAGCUUAUGCCACAGUCCAUCUUCUUCAGAUUGCUCUUCCUCCUUCAAAACCAAUGAAGAAGGUGAUUCAGGGAAAGGCCUCAACACCAAAUUUGGGAAGAAAAGUAGCAGUUUCGCAUACAGGAUACGCGAGCACGUGAAACUUGGGCCCAAGCUGUCUGAAACUGUCAAGGGGAAGUUGAGUUUGGGGGCAAGAAUUAUUCAAAAGGGUGGAAGGAGGAAUAUAUUUAAACAGAUAUUUGGUGUAAAUGAAGGAGAGGAGCUGUUGAAGGCCUCCCAGUGCUACUUAUCAACCACGGCGGGUCCUAUUCCUGGCCUGCUUUUUAUUUCCACUCAAAAGCUUGCUUUUUGCAGUGAAAGAUCCAUCUCUGUCCCUUGUGCUGCAGCUGCAACUGCAACUGGGCAAGUCGUUCGAACGCCGUACAAGGUUCAGAUACCAAUAAGGAAGAUCAAAAGAGCUAACCAAACCGAGAAUGUGAACAAACCACAACAGAAGUACAUAGAAAUAGUUACCGAGGAUGAUUUCGAGUUCUGGUUUAUGGGAUUCUUACGCUAUGAAAAAGCUUUCAGAAAUCUUGAAAAGGCCAUUUCCAUUACCAACCAAAACUAGAACAAAUUUAUAAAAUCCAUCCAUCAAACAGACUCGACUCCUACCAUUAAGCUACAUGAUAUGUGUUUUUUGGAGCGCUGCAAACAAGCUACCUCUAGCUAUCUUCUGUGGUAUUCUUUCUUGUAUUUUCCUCCUUUUUAGUUUCUUGGCUUUUUGAUGUCUGCCUGCCUACCUACCUACCAUGUAAUAAUCAUGUCAAGUUGAUGUACGCUAUUGUUUCAUGGUUUGGUUCUGAAUUCUGAAUUCUGAAUUCUGAUGAUGUGAUGAGUUUGAUUUUCAGGAAA